ACGCUUCUUGACUUGAGCUCUGCGCGCGUUCUGUGCUUGUGUACAGCAGAACGCAGUGGCGCGCGGAUCAGCGGGAAUAUGCGCACUGAACUGCACGCCUGUCCGCGACAGAAGCCUUCACAGCAGAGUAGAUGUACCAGCAACAUCUAAGGCACGAUUUCGCAGGAAGCUGCCAGAAAGAAUUUUGAGGGAGGCAGGUGGAUUUAGGCAGUCGCAGGAAGCUGACCAUCACCACCUCCUCGUGAUGCACAUGAACAGCUUGUUGAACCGAUGGAAUGAGAUCUCCAAGAUGUGUGAGGUGGACGACACUCCAGAACCGGUCAGUCCCACUCUGCUCAAUGAGUCCACAGACACCUACUGGCAGACCGACUGCUGGCACCGACUCCGCACCACCGUCCGUAAACUAGAGUUCUGGGAAGACUUCAGCGCAGAACUUAUCGGAACCGGCUUCUUCUCCAAGGUCUACAAGGUGAUACAUGGCACCACGAAGAAGGUGAUGGUAGUGAAGAUCUAUAAGAAUGACGUGGAUCAGAACAGCAUCGUGAGGGAGAUCAGUCUACUUCAGAAACUCUCCCACCCGAACAUAGUGAGGUACCUGGGGAUUUGUGUCAAGGAGAACAAGCUGUAUCCAAUUCUCGAGUAUGUGAGCGGAGGCUGUCUGGAGGAGCUGCUGGCCAGGCAUGACGUCAACCUCUGCUGGAGAGAGAAGAUCGAACUGGGCUGUGAUAUUAGCCGAGGAAUGACCUAUCUCCACUACAAGAACAUUUACCACAGAGAUCUCAACUCUAAGAACUGCUUGAUCCGUGUGACCUCGCGUGGCAGGGAGGCCGUGGUCACUGAUUUCGGGCUGGCCAGAGAAGUGGGGGAUCUGCCUGCAAAAGACCCCGACAGGAAGUUGUCUCUGGUGGGGUCGGCCUUCUGGAUGGCCCCUGAAAUGCUUAGAGGAGAGCCGUAUGACCGCAAGGUUGAUGUCUUCUCUUUUGGGAUCAUGUUGUGUGAGAUCUUAGCAAGAAUCCCUGCCGACCCAGAGGUGCUGCCCAGGACGCAGGACUAUGGGCUGGAUGUGGAAUCGUUCAGAGAGCUGGUGCAGGGCUGCCCAGAGCGGGUUCUGGAACUCUCUGCCAGCUGUUGUCAGAUGGAUGCAUUCCGAAGACCUUCCUUCUCUGAGCUCCUGGAUGAGCUAGAGGACAUCGCUGAGACCCUAGAGCCACCAGACAACAACCUAACCACAGGGUGACCUCCACAAAUAC